CACAUUCACAUCUCUUCAUCUCAACCUUGCAACAGUUGCAGUCAUCGAUCCAGGGAAGGGAAAGAAAAUGUCAGUUUCGCUUGACUCUCCAGAACAGACCACCACAAACUCAUUUUCUCAUCUCCUCAACAGCAUUUCCUCCUAUGAUGGCAAUGUCAUGCUAGCUGCUGUCAUAUCUUUGCUUCUUGUCAUCCUCUUCGUUCUGCUUCUCCAUGUCUACGCCAAAUGGUUCUUGGCUCAAGCUCGCCGAAGAAGUCGAUCUUCCUCCAUGUCUGUGUCUCACGUCUUCCGCCCUGAUCGAUUCCACCAUUUCCAUGCAUUCACGUUCGACACUACUUUCCCGAGCUCCCCAUCAAAGGGCCUCGAUUCCUCUGUCAUUUCAUCCAUUCCAUUGUUUGUUUACACAAUGGAGGAGUACAAGCACGGUUUAGAGUGUGUUAUCUGUUUGAGCCCAUUCGAGGACGAUGAUGUUGGGAGGAAUUUACCCAAGUGCGGGCAUUGUUUUCAUGUGGAGUGCAUCGAUAUGUGGCUGCAGUCUCACUCAAAUUGCCCCAUUUGCAGAGCUCCUGUGUUGAGUAACGAUAAGGUUGCGGAUUCUGAAGUAAGUUCUUUGGAAAGUGUGGGAGUUUUAUUGAACCGUGAGGUGGGAGUGAUUGAUGGAAGCCUUAGAUCGGACAAUCUGACUGAAUUAUCAGAGUCAAACAAUUGUCCAACUGCGGCUGCAGAUGAUGAUAUUCUACCAGCAUCGUCUUCUUCCUUGACGCUGUCAUCUUCCCUUGGUUGCUCUUUGAAGAGAAUGCUGAGCAGGAACAGAUCAGAGCGCAAGGUUUUUCCCUCAUCCAACGCCAGUGAGAUGGAAGUUUGAGUAAAGACAAAAGAGUCUGAUUUGCCUGUUAAUGUUCAUAAACUCUUCACUUCGCAGACAACUUUGUAUAGAUUUCUUGGGAAACCUGUUAUCAUCUUCCUCCGAGUUUCUCAUUGGACCAGGGGGUCAAAACCUAUGGUUUUUAGUUACAUUUCAUUGAUUA